CCCGCUUCCCGCUCGCCCACAAGCCAUUAUUUUUCGAGUUUCAUCCGCAGCCACAGUGCAAAAUAGGUUUAUCAAUUUAAUUUAAGUGUUAAAGUAGUUGUAAAGUGUUUUUAAGUUGCGCACGCGAUCGAGGCCUACCGCCAACAUAUGCCCUAUAUGGAUAUAUCCGAUAAAUCGGAGUUUUUGCAAUAAGUUGAUGUGAUUUUGCCGUGACUUCUGCGAGCGAGAAAAUCAUUUUGGGAACGAAAGAAGCUGCAACAAAGGUUACGGCUCCAAAAUGCAGCACAACGUUCAUGCUGCCCGGCCAGCGCCCCACAUCCGGGCCGCCCACCAUCACAGCCACAGUCACAGCCACGGCCACAUGCAACUGCAUCCGGGCAUGGAGCAGCACCUGGCCCAAAGUCUGCAGCAGCAACAGGCGCCACAGCAGCUUCCACAUCGCGACCAUCUUCAUGCACGUCUGAAUCAUCACCAUCUCCACGCUCAGCAGCAGCAGCAGCAGACGCCGUCGAACCAAGCCGCCGCCGCCGCCGCUGCGGCUGGGGCUGCCUAUCACCACGGCAACAUCAACAGCAACAACAGCAGCAACCUCGCCAGCAACAGCAACCAGAUGCAGAAGAUCCGCCAGCAGCACCAGCACUUGAGCAGCAGCAACGGUAUCCUGGGCAACCAGCCGCCUGGACCGCCGCCGCAGGCGUACAAUCCGGCUGCCCUCGCCUACAACCAACUGCCCCCGCAUCCGCCGCCGCCGCAUCACAUGGCCGCCCAUCUGGGCAGCUAUGCCGCUCCACCGCCCCACUAUUACAUGAGCCAGGCGAAGCCGUCAAAGUAUAACCAAUACGCCAGCAAUGCCAACAGCAACAGCGGCAACCUUAACAGCAACAACAACUAUGCCCCAAAGGCAAUUCUGCAGAAUACGUAUAGGAAUCAGAAGGUGCCGCUUCCAGCAGCGGUGCAGGAAGUGGUCACGGUGGCAGAGACGCCAGUUCCCGCCAUCGCCACCAUCAACAAUAACGCCAGCAACAAUAUAGUCAAUAUAGUCAAAGCCAGUGAGCCAGUUAACCAAGAGGAAGCUGUUCAGGAACAGGAGUCUAUCGAGGAGCCAGCUCCUUCAGUGGACGACUGCAGCAGCACGGAGCACAUCGACGCCUCGGGCACACUGCCCAACGAGGACACGAGCAGCUCGGGGCGCGGCGGCAAGGACAAGACCCCGAUGUGCCUCGUCAACGAGCUGGCAAGGUACAACAAGAUUACGCAUCAGUAUCGGUUGACGGGAGAGCGAGGACCUGCCCACUGCAAGACCUUUACGGUUACACUCAUGCUGGGCGACGAGGAGUACUCUGCGGAUGGGUUCAAGAUCAAGAAGGCGCAGCACUUGGCCGCCAGCAAGGCCAUCGAGGACACCACGUACAAGCAUCCACCGCCGAAGAUCAGGCGCAGCGAAGAGGGCGGUCCGAUGCGCACCCACAUCACACCGACGGUUGAGUUGAAUGCCCUGGCCAUGAAAUUGGGACAGCGCACUUUCUACUUGCUGGAUCCCACUCAGAUUCCUCCUUCGGAUCCCAUGGUGCCGCCGGAGUUUGGCGGAGCUCAUUUGUUAGCAGCGCCGGGACCAGGAAUGCCCCAGCAACCUCCACCUCCCGCCUAUGCGCUGCGACAGAGGCUUGGCAAUGGAUUCGUGCCCAUUCCGUCGCCGCCGAUGCAUCCGCAUUUCUUUCAUGGUCCCGGUCAGCGACCGUUUCCCCCGAAGUUUCCGUCGCGCUUCGCACUGCCACCGCCCCUCGGUCCCCAUGUGCUGCACGGACCCAAUGGUCCAUUCCCCCCUGUGCCGACGCCGCCCAGCAAGAUCACCUUGUUCGUCGGCAAACAGAAGUUCGUGGGCAUCGGACGCACACUGCAGCAGGCUAAGCAUGAUGCUGCGGCAAGGGCGUUGCAGGUGCUCAAGACACAGGCCAUUUCCGCGUCCGAAGAGGCUCUGGAGGACUCGAUGGACGAGGGCGACAAGAAGUCGCCGAUUUCGCAGGUGCACGAGAUCGGUAUCAAGCGAAACAUGACCGUGCAUUUCAAGGUUUUACGCGAGGAGGGUCCGGCGCACAUGAAGAACUUCAUCACGGCCUGCAUCGUGGGUUCUAUUGUCACCGAAGGUGAGGGCAAUGGCAAGAAGGUAUCAAAGAAGCGGGCUGCCGAAAAGAUGCUAACCGAGUUGCACAAGCUGCCACCCUUAACGCCCACAAAACAGACGCCUUUGAAGAGGAUUAAGGUGAAGACUCCCGGCAAGAGUGGGGCAGCAACCAGAGAGGGAUCAGCAGUGCCCGGCACAGAAGGUGCCACUCAAAUGGGCAAGCCGGAGAGACGCAAGCGCCUCAAUCCGCCGAAGGACAAGCUUGUAGACCUGGACGAUGCGGAUAAUCCCAUCACAAAGUUGAUUCAAUUGCAGCAGACGCGCAAGGAGAAGGAGCCCAUCUUCGAGUUGAUAGCCAAGAAUGGUAAUGAAACCGCUCGCCGGCGGGAGUUCGUCAUGGAGGUCUCCGCCAGCGGCAGCACAGCCCGAGGAACAGGCAACAGCAAGAAGCUGGCUAAGCGCAACGCAGCUCAAGCUCUUUUCGAACUUCUGGAAGCUGUUGAAUUCACCCCAAGCAACGAAACACAGUCAUCGGAAGAGGGCAGCACUUCAGCAACGAUGUCCGCUGUGACGGCGCCCGCAGUGGAGGCAACUGCAGAGGGUGAAGUACCCAUGGUUUCAACGCCAGUCGGUCCCAUGCCAGGGAUCUUAAUACUGCGCCAGAACAAAAAACCAGCGAAAAAGAGAGAACCAGUAGUGGUGGUCAAAGCCAACGUGGAGUCCAAAGAGGAGGAGGUCAAUAAGGAAGUGGGGGUAGCGGCUGAGGAGAGCGGCAGCACAAAUGAAAACUCUAGCAACACCAGCAACAGUAGCAGCAGCGAUUCACAAGCCACGGAGGUGGCCAGUGAGAAUGAUCUUAAUACCUCAACCGGCAGCAAUACGAGCGGUGUCAGCAGCAACAGCAGCAAUGCAGGUGCCUGCAAUAGUGGCAACACGGACAACAGCAGCAGCAACACAGGCAGCAGCAACACAGGCAGCAGCAACACCGGCAACAGCAGCAACAAUGCAGAAAGCAGCACCACACAAAGUGCGAGCAGUACACAAAGCGUGGGAGUGCACAUGAAAGAGCAGCUGCUGUAUCUUAGUAAACUGUUGGACUUUGAGGUCAACUUCUCAGACUAUCCCAAGGGCAAUCACAACGAGUUCCUGACCAUUGUGACGCUCUCCACGAACCCACCACAGAUCUGCCAUGGCGUUGGCAAGAGCUCCGAGGAGUCGCAGAACGAUGCGGCAAGCAAUGCAUUGAAAAUCCUCAGCAAACUGGGACUCAACAAUGCCAUGAAAUAAGCUUAAACAGUUGAAAUUUAUUUUCAAACCCUAUUAACUGCAAUUUUUGUUGUUGCACAUACGCAAGAUGAAAGCAAAAAACAAUUAAAAUACCCGUCCACAAAGCAAACCUAAACAAAAUCCAAAAACCAAGCUGUGUGCAAAUUCAAAAAAGAAGAAAAAAAGAGAAAAGUAAGAGAAGCAAUGCAAGAAACAGUACUUUUUGAAAUAGCAAAUUAUUAGUUAAUACCUAUUUAUUUAUUUAUGUGCAAGUUGUGCAAACUGGUGUUAUUAUUUUAUUUAUUUGUUGAAAAUUGAUUAACGAAACGAACUGAUUGUAACCGAAAUUGAACAAAAGCGAACACUGAACAGAACCGCAACAUUGUUAAUCCAAAUUGAGAAUCGAACAAUAACUAGACUUAAUGAGAAACCCAACAAUAUCAUGAACAGAUGCAAAUGUUUGCAGUAUCUAAACUUAAGAUUAAAGUUGAAGUUGAAGCUCAAUAAUCACUUGAAUUGAAUUGAUGAACAAAGGACUAUUGAUACCUCUUAGCUGCAUGCGGCAAGCGCUUUCAAAAAUAAAUACAAAAUUUCUGAGAACCUCGGUGCAGGACUAAAUUCGAAGGAUAUCCAUUCACGGAUAAACCAGGCCGUCAGAGAAGAAAGAGAGAAAAUUUUUGAUUUAUUUUUCAAAGCAAGACAACCAUUAAGCGCUUGUGGUCAUAUGCUUGAUGAAACUCGUCGAAUAAUGAAUCUAUUAUACUAGUAUACGUAUAAGUGUUAAGCAUAAGCAUCGGCGAAUGUCGAAAAGUCGUAUACCCCAUGAAUGGUCGAUUUCCCAAACUUUCAGCAAAUAUUUCAAUUUGACAAAACGGCAAAGAGUUUGCAAAUUGAACGCAAAGUUUGCUGGAUUUUGGAGAUUGACAGGACAUGGCACAAAAGGCGUUCACGUCGAAACAUACACUAUAAAAUACAAUUUACAUAAUCGUUAUAAUUAUAAUUAUGAAUGUUUAAUAAGCCAUUUUUGUAAAUGUUCAGCUUUUGGCAGGUGUAAAAGCUAAAAGCUGAACAUCCUUAUGAAUAAUGAAUCGUGUUGUUUAAUCUGUCAUGUUUUGUCCCCAUUAUUCUUGAUUGUUUUUGAAUCCGUUUUAUGUUAGUUAUGUUAUCCCGCUCCCAUUACACACACCAUUCGAAAUUUCGCGUACAAUAGUUUUAAAUGCGUUUGCCCUUAAACAGCACCAGUUGAUUAAGCGUUAAGUUGCGUUAUGUAAAAUGUAUUUUGUCUAAGCAAUCGCGUCGGCCACAAUGUGCAUGAUUGCCUCGCGAUUUGCGAUCCUAACCUAAGCUUAAGCCCCAGCGAACUGUAACCGUUGAAAUUGAAGUCAAACCCAGUAUUAAAUGUAUAGAUAAGGGCAGCUUUCAGCAGCUCCCACAAUUACUAGACUCACAGAUAUCGUGCACAUUGUUUGCGCCACACAAAUGGUUCAUUUUGUCAGAAGAUUUUGCAGACCCAAAUGGUAUGCAAUCAUAAACGUAAUCAUCAAACUAAUUGUCUGAAGUGGACCGGACUUGUGUCUGCUUUGCAAAAUCUUCACAAAAUUGAUUGAAAUUAUUAAUCUUAAAGUGAGAUGUAUUCGCAGUAACAACAAAGCGUAAAGAUCUGUUCAUUAACACCAAAUAAAGGCAUACGAGUCAAGAUGAGAGAACACAUUUAUUAGUCUUAAGCCUACCCCACACACUCACUAAGUUUUGUCUAUCUGUAAUGUGACAAAUAAGCAUGUUAUGUCAUAAAAACCAUAAAGACCCCUCAAUGAAACUAUGUAAAAUGUAAUUAUACUAAUAAACAGUGAAAUAAAGUUGGAA